AUGCCACUUUCUUACACCACUGGCAGCACUGCCAAUGUUAACCCCACAAUUGGCAAUGUCAACAACACCACCAGCAAGGACACCACUGCAAGCAACAACACCGCUGUCACGCCCAGUGCCACUUUCAACGCCAGCAUCACCAUUGCUAGUGUCAGUGCAGCCAAUUUAAACAACACAACUGGCAAUAUCGACAACACCAAUUUUAGUGCCACCACUGCAAGCCUCAGCGACAGUGUCACUACCACUACCAAGUUCAACAACACUGUCACCUUUGCCAGUGGCAGCACUGUCAAUAACACCACCAUCAAUACCAUCAAUGCCACCACUGCAAGCAACAACGUCCCUGUCACACCCAAUGACAGUUUUAACACCACCAUUGCCAUUGUGAGUGUCAGCAUUGCCACUGUUAACACCACAACUGGCAAUGUUCAUAACACCACUAUCAGUGACAUCACAGCAAGCCUCAAUACCAACGUCACUCCCACUGCCAGUGUCAACACCAACAUUGCCUCUGCUAGUGUCAGUACAUCCAUUGUCACUAGCACAAAUGGUAAUGUGAACAACACCAGUGUCAGUGCCACUUGGGGAAGCCAGAACACCACUGUCAGUCCUACUGUCAGUCUAAACACCACCACCAAAAUUGCUAGUAUCAGCACUGCCCCUAUAAACAUCACAACUGGCAAUGACAGUACUACUUCUGCUGGGAUCAAUAUGAAUGACACCUUCACUACCAGUUUAAACACCCCCACCACCAUGGCUAGAGUCAGCACAGCCACUUUUGACAACACAACUGGCAAUGUCAACACCACUAACAUUAGUGCCACUACUACAGGGCAGAACACCACUGUUAGUCCCAAUGCCAGUGUAAACACCACCAUCACCAUUGCUAGUGUCAGCACAGCAAAUUUAAACAACACAACUGGCAAUGUGGACAAUACCAAUAUCAGUUCCACCACUGCAAGCCUCAGCAACAUUGUCACUCCCACUGCCAAUAUCAACACCAGUGUCACCUUUGCUAGUGGCAGCACUGAUGCUCGUAACACCACAGCAGGCAAUGUUAACAAUACUAAUAUCAAUGCCACUACUGCAACCAACAACACCCCUGUCACUCCCACUGCCAGUGUCAACACCACCAUUGCCUCUGCUAGUGUCAGUACAUCCAUUGUCACUAGCACAAAUGGUAAUGUGAAAAACACCAGUGUCAGUGCCACUUCGGGAAGCCAGAACACCACUGUCAGCCCUACUGUCAGUCUAAACCCCACCACCAGCAUUGCUAGUAUCAUCACUGCCCCUAUAAACAUCACAACUGGCAUUAUCAACAGCACCAUAAUCAGUGCUACUACUGCUAGGAUCAAUAUAAAUGACACAUUCACUACCAGUUUAAACACCCCCACCACCAUGGAUAGUGUCAGCACAGCCACUUUUGAAAACACAACUGGCAAUGUCAACACCACUAACAUUGGUGCCACUACUACAGGGCAGAACACCACUGUUAGUCCCAAUGCCAGUGUAAACACCAACAUCACCAUUGCUAGUGUCAGCACAGCCAAUUUUAACAACACAACUGGCAAUGUGGACAACACCAAUACAAGUGCAACUACUGCAAGCCUCAGCACCAGUGUCACUCCCACUACCAAGUCCAACACCACUGUCACCUUUGCUAGUGGCAGCAGUGCAACUGUUGCCAGCCUAAACACCACCAUCAACAUUGCUAGUAUCAGCACUGCCCCUAUAAACAUCACAACUGGCAAUGUCAACAACCCCACAAUCAGGGAUACUACUGCUAGGAUCAACACGAAUGAUACUUUCACUACCAGUCUAAUGAUCCUCACCACCAUGGCUAGUGUCAGCACAGCCGCUUUUGAAAACACACCUGGCAAUGUCAACACCACUAACGUCAGUGCCACUACUUCAAGCCAGUACACCACUGUUAGUCCCACUGCCAGUGUUGACACCAACACCAAUAUUGCUAGUGUUAGCACAGCCAUUUUUUACAACACAACUGGCAAUAACGACAACACCAAUAUCAGUUCCACCACUGCAAGCCUCAGCAACAGUGUCACACCCACUGCCAAGUUCAACACCACUGUCACCUUUGCUAGUGGCAGCACUGCCACUGUUAACGCCACAAUUGGCAAUGUCAGCAACACCACCAUCAAUGCCACCACUGCAAGCAACAACACCUCAGUCACACCCAAUGCCAGUUUCAACACAACCAUUACCAUUGUGAGUGUCAGCACUGCUACUCGAAACACCACAACUGGCAAUGUGGAUAACACCACUAUCAGUCCUACCACUGUAAGCAUCAAUACCAAUGUCACUCCCUCUGUCAGUGUCAACACGACCAUUGCCUCUGCUAAUGUCAGUACAUCCAUUGUCACUAGCACAAAUGGUAAUGUGAACAACACCAGUGUCAGUGCCGCUUGGGGAAGCCAAAACACCACUGUCAGUCCUACUGUCAGUCUAAACCCCACCACCAGCAUUGCUAUUAUCAUCACUGCCCCUAUAAACAUCACAACUGGAAAUAUCAAGAGCACCAUAAUCAGUGCUACUACUGCUAGGAUCAAUAUAAAUGACACCUUCACUACCAGUUUAAACACCCCCACCACCAUGGCUAGAGUCAGCACAGCCACUUUUGACAACACAACUGGCAAUGUCAACACCACCAAAACCAAUGCUGCUACUGCAAGCCAGUUCACCACUGUUAGUCCCAUUGCCAGUGUAAACACCAACAUCACCAUUGCUAGUGUCAGCACAGCCAAUUUUAACAACACAACUGGCAAUGUGGACAAUACCAAUAUCAGUUCCACCACUGCAAGCCUCAGCAACAUUGUCACUCCCACUGCCAAUAUCAACACCAGUGUCACCUUUGCUAGUGGCAGCACUGAUGCUCGUAACACCACAGCAGUCACUGUUAACAAUACUAAUAUCAAUGCCACUACUGCAACCAACAACACCCCUGUCACUCCCACUGCCAGUGUCAACAUGACCAUUGCCUCCACUAGUGUCAGUACAACCAUUGUCAUUAGCACAAAUGGUAAUGUGAACAACACCAGUUUUAGUGCCACUUCGGGAAGCCAGAACACCACUGUCAGUCCUACUGUCAGUCUAAAUACCACAACCAACAUUGCUAUUAUCAGCACUGCCCCUACAAACAUCACAAAUGGCAAUGUCAGUACUACUUCUGCUAGGAUCAAUACGAAUGACACUUUCACAUCCAGUUUAAACACCCCAACUACCAUGGCUAGUGUCAGCACAGCCACUUUUGAAAACACAACUGGCAAUGUUAACACCACUAACGUCAGUGCCACUACUUCAAGCCAGUACACCACUGUUAGUCCCACUGCCAGUGUUGACCCCAACACCAAUAUUGCUAGUGUUAGCACAGCCAUUUUUUACUACACAACUGGCAAUAAUGACAACACCAAUGUCAGUGCCACCAGUGCAAGCCUCAGCAACAGUGUCACACCCACUGCCAAGUUUAACACCACUGUCACCUUUGCUAGUGGCAGCACUGCCACUGUUAAUGCCACAACUGGCAAUGUCAACAAAACCACCAUCAAUGCCACCACUGCAAGCAACAACACCUCAGUCACACCCACUGCCAGUUUCAACACAACCAUUACCAUUGUGAGUGUCAGCACUGCUACUCGAAACACCACAACUGGCAAUGUGGAUAACACCACUAUAAGUCCUACCACAGUAAGCAUCAAUACCAGUGUCACUCCCUCUGCCAGGGUCAACACGACCAUUGCCUCUGCUAAUGUCAGUACAUCCAUUGUCACUACCACAAAUGUUAAUGUGAACAACACCAGUGUCAGUGCCACUUCGGGAAGCCAGAACACCACUGUCAGUCCUACUGUCAGUCUAAACCCCACCACCAGCAUUGCUAGUACCAUCACUGCCCCUAUGAACAUCACAACUGGCAAUAUCAACAGCACCAUAAUCAGUGCUACUACUGCUAGGAUCAAUAUGAAUGAAACCUUCACUACCAGUUUAAACACCCCCACCACCAUGGCUAGUGUCAGCACAGCCACUUUUGAAAACACAACUGGCAAUAUCAACACCACUAACGUCAGUGCCACUACUUCAAGCCAGUACACCACUGUUAGUCCCAUUGCCAGUGUAAACACCAACACCAAUAUUGCUAGUGUUAGCACAGCCAUUUUUUACAACACAACUGGCAAUAACGACAACACCAAUAUCAGUUCCACCACUGCAAGCCUCAGCAACAGUGUCACACCCACUGCCAAGUUCAACACCACUGUCACCUUUGCUAGUGGCAGCACUGCCACUGUUAACGCCACAACUGGCAAUGUCAACAACACCACCAUCAAUGCCACUACUGCAAGCAACAACACCUCAGUCACACCUAAUGCCAGUUUCAACACAACCAUUACCAUUGUGAGUGUCAGCACUGCAACUCGAAACACCACAACUGGCAAUGUUGAUAACACCACUAUCAGUCCUACCACUGUAAGCAUCAAUACCAAUGUCACUCCCUCUGUCAGUGUCAACAGCACCUUUGCCUCUGCUAAUGUCAGUACAUCCAUUGUCACUAGCACAAAUGGUAAUGUGAACAACACCAGUUUUAGUGCCACUUGGGGAAGCCAGAACACCACUGUCAGUCCUACUGUCAGUCUAAACCCCACCACCAGCAUUGCUAGUAUCAGCACUGCCCCUAUAAACAUCACAACUGGAAAUAUCAACAGAACCAUAAUCAGUGCUACUACUGCUAGCAUCAAUAUAAAUGACACCUUCACUACCAGUUUAAACACCCCCACCACCAUGGCUAGUGUCAGCACAGCCACUUUUGACAACACAACUGGCAAUGUCAACACCACUAACAUUGGUGCCACUACUACAGGGCAGAACACCACUGUUGGUCCCAAUGCCAGUGUAAACACCACCAUCACCAUUGCAAGUGUCAGCACAGCCAAUUUAAACAACACAACUGGCAAUGUGGACAACACCAAUACAAGUGCAACUACUGCAAACCUCAGCACCAGUGUCACUCCCACUACCAAGUCCAACACCACUGUCACCUUUGCUAGUGGCAGCAGUGCAACUGUUGCCAGCCUAAACACCACCAUCAACAUUGCUAGUAUCAGCACUGCCCCUAUAAACAUCACAACUGGCAAUGUCAACAACCCUACAAUCAGGGAUACUACUGCUAGGAUCAACACGAAUGAUACUUUCACUACCAGUCUAAUGGCCCUCACCACCGUGGCUAGUGUCAGCACAGCCGCUUUUGGAAACACAACUGGUGAUGUCAACACCACCAAAACCAAUGCAGCUACUGCAAGCCAGUUCACCACUGUUAGUCCCACUGCCAGUGUAAACACCAACAUCACCAUUGCUAGUGUCAGCACAGCUAAUUUUAACAACACAACUGGCAAUGUCAACAAUACCAAUAUCAGUUCCACCACUGCAAGCCUCAGCAACAUUGUCACUCCCGCUGCCAAUAUCAACACCAGUGUCACCUUUGCUAGUGGCAGCACUGAAGCUCGUAACACCACAGCAGGCAAUGUUAAUAAUACUAAUAUCAAUGCCACUACUGCAACCAACAACACCCCUGUCACUCCCACUGCCAGUGUCAACACCACCAUUGCCUCUGCUAGUGUCAGUACAUCCAUUGUCACUAGCACAAAUGGUAAUAUCAACAACACCAGUGUCAGUGCCACUUCGGGAAGUCAGAACACCACUGUCAGUCCUACUGUCAGUCGAAACCCCACCACCAGCAUUGCUAGUAUCAUCACUGCCCCUAGAAACAUCACAACUGGCAAUAUCGGCAGCACCAUAAUCAGUGCAACUACUGCUAGGAUCAAUACGAAUGACACCUUCACUACCAGUUUAAACACCCCCACCACCAUGGCUAGUGUCAGCACAGCCACUUUUGACAACACAACUGGCAAUGUCAACACCACUAACAUUGGUGCCACUACUACAGGGCAGAACACCACUGUCAGUCCCAAUGCCAGUGGAAACACCACCAUCACCAUUGCAAGUGUCAGCACAGCCAAUUUAAACAACACAACUGGCAAUAACGACAACACCAAUAUCAGUUCCACCACUGCAAGCCUCAGCAACAGUGUCACACCCACUGCCAAGUUCAACACCACUGUCACCUUUGCUAGUGGCAGCACUGCCACUGUUAACGCCACAAUUGGCAAUGUCAGCAACACCACCAUCAAUGCCACCACUGCAAGCAACAACACCUCAGUCACACCUAAUGCCAGUUUCAACACAACCAUUACCAUUGUGAGUGUCAGCACUGCAACUCGAAACACCACAACUGGCAAUGUUGAUAACACCACUAUCAGUCCUACCACUGUAAGCAUCAAUACCAAUGUCACUCCCUCUGUCAGUGUCAACACCACCUUUGCCUCUGCUAAUGUCAGUACAUCCAUUGUCACUAGCACAAAUGGUAAUGUGAACAACACCAGUGUCAGUGCCACUUGGGGAAGCCAAAACACCACUGUCAGUCCUACUGUCAGUCUAAACCCCACCACCAGCAUUGCUAGUAUCAGCACUGCCCCUAUAAACAUCACAACUGGAAAUAUCAACAGAACCAUAAUCAGUGCUACUACUGCUAGCAUCAAUAUAAAUGACACCUUCACUACCAGUUUAAACACCCCCACCACCAUGGCUAGUGUCAGCACAGCCACUUUUGACAACACAACUGGCAAUGUCAACACCACCAAAACCAAUGCUGCUACUGCAAGCCAGUUCACCACUGUUAGUCCCAUUGCCAGUGUAAACACCAACAUCACCAUUGCUAGUGUCAGCACAGCCAAUUUUAACAACACAACUGGCAAUGUCGACAAUACCAAUAUCAGUUCCACCACUGCAAGCCUCAGCAACAUUGUCACUCCCGCUGCCAAUAUCAACACCAGUGUCACCUUUGCUAGUGGCAGCACUGAAGCUCGUAACACCACAGCAGGCAAUGUUAAUAAUACUAAUAUCAAUGCCACUACUGCAACCAACAACACCCCUGUCACUCCCACUGCCAGUGUCAACAUGACCAUUGCCUCCACUAGUGUCAGUACAACCAUUGUCAUUAGCACAAAUGGUAAUGUGAACAACACCAGUUUUAGUGCCACUUCGGGAAGCCAGAACACCACUGUCAGUCCUACUGUCAGUCUAAAUACCACAACCAACAUUGCUAUUAUCAGCACUGCCCCUACAAACAUCACAAAUGGCAAUGUCAGUACUACUUCUGCUAGGAUCAAUACGAAUGACACUUUCACAUCCAGUUUAAACACCCCAACUACCAUGGCUAGUGUCAGCACAGCCACUUUUGAAAACACAACUGGCAAUGUUAACACCACUAACGUCAGUGCCACUACUUCAAGCCAGUACACCACUGUUAGUCCCACUGCCAGUGUUGACCCCAACACCAAUAUUGCUAGUGUUAGCACAGCCAUUUUUUACUACACAACUGGCAAUAAUGACAACACCAAUGUCAGUGCCACCAGUGCAAGCCUCAGCAACAGUGUCACACCCACUGCCAAGUUUAACACCACUGUCACCUUUGCUAGUGGCAGCACUGCCACUGUUAAUGCCACAACUGGCAAUGUCAACAAAACCACCAUCAAUGCCACCACUGCAAGCAACAACACCUCAGUCACACGUACUGCCAGUUUCAACACAACCAUUACCAUUGUGAGUGGCAGCACUGCUACUCGAAACACCACAACUGGCAAUGUGGAUAACACCACUAUAAGUCCUACCACAGUAAGCAUCAAUACCAGUGUCACUCCCUCUGCCAGUGUCAACACGACCAUUGCCUCUGCUAAUGUCAGUACAUCCAUUGUCACUAGCACAAAUGGUAAUGUGAACAACACCAGUGUCAGUGCCACUUGGGGAAGCCAAAACACCACUGUCAGUCCUACUGUCAGUCUAAACCCCACCACCAGCAUUGCUAGUACCAUCACUGCCCCUAUGAACAUCACAACUGGCAAUAUCAACAGCACCAUAAUCAGUGCUACUACUGCUAGGAUCAAUACGAAUGACACCUUCACUACCAGUUUAAACACCCCCACCACCAUGGCUAGUGUCAGCACAGCCACUUUUGAAAACACAACUGGCAAUGUUAACACCACUAACGUCAGUGCCACUACUUCAAGCCAUGCCACCAGUGCAAGCCUCAGCAACAGUGUCACACCCACUGCCAAGUUUAACACCACUGUCACCUUUGCUAGUGGCAGCACUGCCACUGUUAAUGCCACAACUGGCAAUGUCAACAAAACCACCAUCAAUGCCACCACUGCAAGCAACAACACCUCAGUCACACGUACUGCCAGUUUCAACACAACCAUUACCAUUGUGAGUGGCAGCACUGCUACUCGAAACACCACAACUGGCAAUGUGGAUAACACCACUAUAAGUCCUACCACAGUAAGCAUCAAUACCAGUGUCACUCCCUCUGCCAGGGUCAACACGACCAUUGCCUCUGCUAAUGUCAGUACAUCCAUUGUCACUACCACAAAUGUUAAUGUGAAAAACACCAGUGUCAGUGCCACUUCGGGAAGCCAGAACACCACUGUCAGUCCUACUGUCAGUCUAAACCCCACCACCAGCAUUGCUAGUACCAUCACUGCCCCUAUGAACAUCACAACUGGCAAUAUCAACAGCACCAUAAUCAGUGCUACUACUGCUAGGAUCAAUAUGAAUGAAACCUUCACUACCAGUUUAAACACCCCCACCACCAUGGCUAGUGUCAGCACAGCCACUUUUGGAAACACAACUGGCAAUGUCAACACCACUAACGUCAGUGCCACUACUUCAAGCCAGUACAACACUGUUAGUCCCACUGCCAGUGUUGACCCCAACACCAAUAUUGCUAGUGUUAGCACAGCCAUUUUUUACAACACAACUGGCAAUAACGACAUCACCAAUAUCAGUGCCACCACUGCAAGCCUCAGUAACAGUGUCACACCCACUGCCAAGUUCAACACCACUGUCACCUUUGCUAGUGGCAGCACUGCCACUGUUAACGCCACAACUGGCAAUGUCAACAACACCACCAUCAAUGCCACUACUGCAAGCAACAACACCUCAGUCACACCCAAUGCCAGUUUCAACACAACCAUUACCAUUGUGAGUGUCAGCACUGCAACUCGAAACACCACAACUGGCAAUGUGGAUAACACCACUAUCAGUCCUACCACUGUAAGCAUCAAUACCAAUGUCACUCCCUCUGUCAGUGUCAACAGCACCUUUGCCUCUGCUAAUGUCAGUACAUCCAUUGUCACUAGCACAAAUGGUAAUGUGAACAACACCAGUGUCAGUGCCACUUGGGGAAGCCAGAACACCACUGUCAGUCCUACUGUCAGUCUAAAUCCCACCACCAGCAUUGCUAGUAUCAGCACUGCCCCUAUAAACAUCACAACUGGCAAUGUGAACAGCACCAUAAUCAGUGCUACUACUGCUAGGAUCAAUACGAAUGACACCUUCACUACCAGUUUAAACACCCCCACCACCAUGGCUAGUGUCAGCACAGCCACUUUUGAAAACACAACUGGCAAUGUCAACACCACCAAAACCAAUGCUGCUACUGCAAGCCAGUUCACCACUGUUAGUCCUAUUGCCAGUGUAAACACCAACAUCACCAUUGCUAGUGUCAGCACAGCCAAUUUUAACAACACAACUGGCAAUGUGGACAACACCAAUACAAGUGCAACUACUGCAAACCUCAGCACCAGUGUCAUUCCCACUACCAAGUCCAACACCACUGUCACCUUUGCUAGUGGCAGCACUGAUGCUCGUAAAACCACAGCGGGCACUGUUAACAAUACUAAUAUCAAUGCCACUACUGCAACCAACAACACCCCUGUCACUCCCACUGCCAGUGUCAACACCACCAUUGCCUCUGCUAGUGUCAGUACAUCCAUUGUCACUACCACAAAUGGUAAUGUGAACAACACCAGUGUCAGUGCCACUUGGGGAAGCCAGAACACCACUGUCAGUCCUACUGUCAGUCUAAAUCCCACCACCAGCAUUGCUAGUAUCAGCACUGCCCCUAUAAACAUCACAACUGGCAAUGUGAACAGCACCAUAAUCAGUGCUACUACUGCUAGGAUCAAUACGAAUGACACCUUCACUACCAGUUUAAACACCCCCACCACCAUGGCUAGAGUCAGCACAGCCACUUUUGACAACACAACUGGCAAUGUCAACACCACUAACAUUGGUGCCACUACUACAGGGCAGAACACCACUGUCAGUCCCAAUGCCAGUGGAAACACCACCAUCACCAUUGCAAGUGUCAGCACAGCCAAUUUAAACAACACAACUGGCAAUAACGACAACACCAAUAUCAGUUCCACCACUGCAAGCCUCAGCAACAGUGUCACACCCACUGCCAAUAUCAACACCAGUGUCACCUUUGCUAGUGGCAGCACUGAUGCUCGUAACACCACAGCAGUCACUGUUAACAAUACUAAUAUCAAUGCCACUACUGCAACCAACAACACCCCUGUCACUCCCACUGCCAGUGUCAACAUGACCAUUGCCUCCACUAGUGUCAGUACAACCAUUGUCAUUAGCACAAAUGGUAAUGUGAACAACACCAGUUUUAGUGCCACUUCGGGAAGCCAGAACACCACUGUCAGUCCUACUUGUUACCCCAACACCAAUAUUGCUAGUGUUAGCACAGCCAUUUUUUACUACACAACUGGCAAUAAUGACAACACCAAUGUCAGUGCCACCAGUGCAAGCCUCAGCAACAGUGUCACACCCACUGCCAAGUUUAACACCACUGUCACCUUUGCUAGUGGCAGCACUGCCACUGUUAAUGCCACAACUGGCAAUGUCAACAAAACCACCAUCAAUGCCACCACUGCAAGCAACAACACCUCAGUCACACCCACUGCCAGUUUCAACACAACCAUUACCAUUGUGAGUGUCAGCACUGCUACUCGAAACACCACAACUGGCAAUGUGGAUAACACCACUAUAAGUCCUACCACAGUAAGCAUCAAUACCAGUGUCACUCCCUCUGCCAGGGUCAACACGACCAUUGCCUCUGCUAAUGUCAGUACAUCCAUUGUCACUACCACAAAUGUUAAUGUGAACAACACCAGUGUCAGUGCCACUUCGGGAAGCCAGAACACCACUGUCAGUCCUACUGUCAGUCUAAACCCCACCACCAGCAUUGCUAGUACCAUCACUGCCCCUAUGAACAUCACAACUGGCAAUAUCAACAGCACCAUAAUCAGUGCUACUACUGCUAGGAUCAAUAUGAAUGAAACCUUCACUACCAGUUUAAACACCCCCACCACCAUGGCUAGUGUCAGCACAGCCACUUUUGAAAACACAACUGGCAAUAUCAACACCACUAACGUCAGUGCCACUACUUCAAGCCAGUACACCACUGUUAGUCCCAUUGCCAGUGUAAACACCAACACCAAUAUUGCUAGUGUUAGCACAGCCAUUUUUUACAACACAACUGGCAAUAACGACAACACCAAUAUCAGUUCCACCACUGCAAGCCUCAGCAACAGUGUCACACCCACUGCCAAGUUCAACACCACUGUCACCUUUGCUAGUGGCAGCACUGCCACUGUUAACGCCACAACUGGCAAUGUCAACAACACCACCAUCAAUGCCACUACUGCAAGCAACAACACCUCAGUCACACCCAAUGCCAGUUUCAACACAACCAUUACCAUUGUGAGUGUCAGCAGUGCAACUCGAAACACCACAACUGGCAAUGUUGAUAACACCACUAUCAGUCCUACCACUGUAAGCAUCAAUACCAAUGUCACUCCCUCUGUCAGUGUCAACAGCACCUUUGCCUCUGCUAAUGUCAGUACAUCCAUUGUCACUAGCACAAAUGGUAAUGUGAACAACACCAGUUUUAGUGCCACUUGGGGAAGCCAGAACACCACUGUCAGCCCUACUGUCAGUCUAAACCCCACCACCAGCAUUGCUAGUAUCAGCACUGCCCCUAUGAACAUCACAACUGGAAAUAUCAACAGAACCAUAAUCAGUGCUACUACUGCUAGCAUCAAUAUAAAUGACACCUUCACUACCAGUUUAAACACCCCCACCACCAUGGCUAGUGUCAGCACAGCCACUUUUGACAACACAACUGGCAAUGUCAACACCACUAACAUUGGUGCCACUACUACAGGGCAGAACACCACUGUUGGUCCCAAUGCCAGUGUAAACACCACCAUCACCAUUGCAAGUGUCAGCACAGCCAAUUUAAACAACACAACUGGCAAUGUCAACAAUACCAAUAUCAGUUCCACCACUGCAAGCCUCAGCAACAUUGUCACUCCCGCUGCCAAUAUCAACACCAGUGUCACCUUUGCUAGUGGCAGCACUGAAGCUCGUAACACCACAGCAGGCAAUGUUAAUAAUACUAAUAUCAAUGCCACUACUGCAACCAACAACACCCCUGUCACUCCCACUGCCAGUGUCAACACCACCAUUGCCUCUGCUAGUGUCAGUACAUCCAUUGUCACUAGCACAAAUGGUAAUAUCAACAACACCAGUGUCAGUGCCACUUCGGGAAGUCAGAACACCACUGUCAGUCCUACUGUCAGUCGAAACCCCACCACCAGCAUUGCUAGUAUCAUCACUGCCCCUAGAAACAUCACAACUGGCAAUAUCGGCAGCACCAUAAUCAGUGCAACUACUGCUAGGAUCAAUACGAAUGACACCUUCACUACCAGUUUAAACACCCCCACCACCAUGGCUAGUGUCAGCACAGCCACUUUUGACAACACAACUGGCAAUGUCAACACCACUAACAUUGGUGCCACUACUACAGGGCAGAACACCACUGUUGGUCCCAAUGCCAGUGUAAACACCACCAUCACCAUUGCAAGUGUCAGCACAGCCAAUUUAAACAACACAACUGGCAAUGUCAACAAUACCAAUAUCAGUUCCACCACUGCAAGCCUCAGCAACAUUGUCACUCCCACUGCCAAUAUCAACACCAGUGUGACCUUUGCUAGUGGCAGCACUGCCACUCGUAACACCACAGCAGGCAAUUUUAACAAUACUAAUAUCAAUGCCACUACUGCAACCAACAACACCCCUGUCACUCCCACUGCCAGUGUCAACACCACCAUUGCCUCUGCUAGUGUCAGUACAUCCAUUGUCACUAGCACAAAUGGUAAUGUGAACAACACCAGUGUCAGUGCCACUUGGGGAAGCCAGAACACCACUGUCAGUCCUACUGUCAGUCUAAACCCCACCACCAGCAUUGCUAGUAUCAUCACUGCCCCUAUAAACAUCACAACUGGAAAUAUCAAGAGCACCAUAAUCAGUGCUACUACUGCUAGGAUCAAUAUAAAUGACACCUUCGCUACCAGUUUAAACACCCCCACCACCAUGGCUAGAGUCAGCACAGCCACUUUUGACAACACAACUGGCAAUGUCAACACCACCAAAACCAAUGCUGCUACUGCAAGCCAGUUCACCACUGUUAGUCCCAUUGCCAGUGUAAACACCAACAUCACCAUUGCUAGUGUUAGCACAGCCAAUUUUAACAACACAACUGGCAAUGUCGACAAUACCAAUAUCAGUUCCACCACUGCAAGCCUCAGCAACAUUGUCACUCCCACUGCCAAUAUCAACACCAGUGUCACCUUUGCUAGUGGCAGCACUGAUGCUCGUAAAACCACAGCGGGCACUGUUAACAAUACUAAUAUCAAUGCCACUACUGCAACCAACAACACCCCUGUCACUCCCACUGCCAGUGUCAACACCACCAUUGCCUCUGCUAGUGUCAGUACAUCCAUUGUCACUAGCACAAAUGGUAAUGUGAACAACACCAGUGUCAGUGCCACUUGGGGAAGCCAGAACACCACUGUCAGUCCUACUGUCAGUCUAAAUCCCACCACCAGCAUUGCUAGUAUCAUCACUGCCCCUAUAAACAUCACAACUGGCAAUGUGAACAGCACCAUAAUCAGUGCUACUACUGCUAGGAUCAAUACGAAUGAUACCUUCACUACCAGUUUAAACACCCCCACCACCAUGGCUAGAGUCAGCACAGCCACUUUUGACAACACAACUGGCAAUGUCAACAACACUAACAUUGGUGCCACUACUACAGGGCAGAACACCACUGUCAGUCCCAAUGCCAGUGUAAACACCACCAUCACCAUUGCUAGUGUCAGCACAGCCAAUUUAAACAACACAACUGGCAAUGUGGACAACACCAAUACAAGUGCAACUACUGCAAACCUCAGCAACAGUGUCACUCCCACUACCAAAUCCAACACCACUGUCACCUUUGCUAGUGGCAGCAGUGCAACUGUUGCCAGCCUAAACACCGCCAUCAACAUUGCUAGUAUCAGCACUGCCCCUAUAAACAUCACAACUGGCAAAGUCAACAACCCCACAAUCAGGGAUACUACUGCUAGGAUCAACACGAAUGAUACUUUCACUACCAGUCUAAUGACCCUCACCACCAUGGCUAGUGUCAGCACAGCCGCUUUUGAAAACUCAACUGGCAAUGUCAACACCACCAAACCCAAUGCCGGUACUGCAAGCCAGGUCACCACUGUUAGUCCCAAUGCCAGUGUAAACACCAACAUCACCAUUGCUAGUGUCAGCACAGCCAAUUUUAACAACAAAACUGGCAAUGUCGACAAUACCAAUAUCAGUUCCACCACUGCAAGCCUCAGCAACAUUGUCACUCCCACUGCCAAUAUCAACACCAGUGUGACCUUUGCUAGUGGCAGCACUGCCACUCGUAACACCACAGCAGGCAAUUUUAACAAUACUAAUAUCAAUGCCACUACUGCAACCAACAACACCCCUGUCACUCCCACUGCCAGUGUCAACACCACCAUUGCCUCUGCUAGUGUCAGUACAUCCAUUGUCACUAGCACAAAUGGUAAUGUGAACAACACCAGUGUCAGUGCCACUUGGGGAAGCCAGAACACCACUGUCAGUCCUACUGUCAGUCUAAAUCCCACCACCAGCAUUGCUAGUAUCAUCACUGCCCCUAUAAACAUCACAACUGGCAAUGUGAACAGCACCAUAAUCAGUGCUACUACUGCUAGGAUCAAUACGAAUGAUACCUUCACUACCACUUUAAACACCCCCACCACCAUGGCUAGAGUCAGCACAGCCACUUUUGACAACACAACUGGCAAUGUCAACAACACUAACAUUGGUGCCACUACUACAGGGCAGAACACCACUGUCAGUCCCAAUGCCAGUGUAAACACCACCAUCACCAUUGCUAGUGUCAGCACAGCCAAUUUUAACAACACAACUGGCAAUGUCAACAAUACCAAUAUCAGUUCCACCACUGCAAGCCUCAGCAACAUUGUCACUCCCACUGCCAAUAUCAACACCAGUGUCACCUUUGCUAGUGGCAGCACUGAUGCUCGUAACACCACAAUUGGCAACGGUAACAAUACUAAUAUCAAUGCCACUACUGCAACCAACAACACCCCUGUCACUCCCACUGCCAGUGUCAACACCACCAUUGCCUCUGCUAGUGUCAGUACAUCCAUUGUCACUAGCACAAAUGGUAAUGUCAACAACACCAGUGUGAGUGCCACUUCGGGAAGUCAGAACACCACUGUCAGUCCUACUGUCAGUCUAAACCCCACCACCAGCAUUGCUAGUAUCAGCACUGCCCCUAUAAACAUCACAACUGGCAAUGUCAACAACCCCACAAUCAGGGAUACUACUGCUAGGAUCAACACGAAUGAUACUUUCACUACCAGUCUAAUGGCCCUCACCACCAUGGCUAGUGUCAGCACAGCCACUUUUGACAACACAACUGGUGAUGUCAACACCACCAAAACCAAUGCCGCUACUGCAAGCCAGUUCACCACUGUUAGUCCCAUUGCCAGUGUAAACACCAUCAUCACCAUUGCUAGUGUCAGCACAGCUAAUUUUAACAACACAACUGGCAAUGUCGACAAUACCAUUACCAGUUCCACGACUCCAAGCCUCAGCAACAUUGUCACUCCCACUGCCAAUAUCAACACCAGUGUCACCUUUGCUAGUGGCAGCACUGAUGCUCGUAACACCACAGCAGGCACUGUUAACAGUACUAAUAUCAAUGCCACUACUGCAACCAACAACACCCCUGUCACUCCCACUGCCAGUGUCAACACCACCAUUGCCUCUGCUAUUGUCAGUACAUCCAUUGUCACUACCACAAAUGGUAAUGUGAAAAACACCAGUGUCAGUGCCACUUCGGGAAGCCAGAACACCACUGUCAGUCCUAAUGUCAGUCUAAACCCCACCACCAGCAUUGCUAGUAUCAUCACUGCCCCUAUAAACAUUACAACUGGCAAUAUCAACAGCACCAUAAUCAGUGCUACUACUGCUAGGAUCAAUAUAAAUGACACCUUCACUACCAGUUUAAACACCCCCACCACCAUGGCUAACGUCAGCAUAGCCACUUCUGACAACACAACUAGCAAUGUCAACACCACUAACAUUGGUGCCACUACUACAGGGCAGAACACCAAUGUUAGUCCCAAUGCCAGUGUAAACACCACCAUCACCAUUGCAAGUGUCAGCACAGCCAAUUUAAACAACACAACUGGCAAUGUGGACAACACCAAUACAAGUGCAACUACUGCAAACCUCAGCACCAGUGUCACUCCCACUACCAAGUCCAACACCACUGUCACCUUUGCUAGUGGCAGCAGUGCAACUGUUGCCAGCCUAAACACCACCAUCAACAUUGCUAGUAUCAGCACUGCCCCUAUAAACAUCACAACUGGCAAUGUCAACAACCCCACAAUCAGGGAUACUACUGCUAGGAUCAACACGAAUGAUACUUUCACUACCAGUCUAAUGGCCCUCACCACCAUGGCUAGUGUCAGCACAGCCGCUUUUGGAAACACAACUGGUGAUGUCAACACCACCAAAACCAAUGCCGCUACUGCAAGCCAGUUCACCACUGUUAGUCCCACUGCCAGUGUAAACACCAACAUCACCAUUGCUAGUGUCAGCACAGCUAAUUUUAACAACACAACUGGCAAUGUCAACAAUACCAAUAUCAGUUCCACCACUGCAAGCCUCAGCAACAUUGUCACUCCCGCUGCCAAUAUCAACACCAGUGUCACCUUUGCUAGUGGCAGCACUGAAGCUCGUAACACCACAGCAGGCAAUGUUAAUAAUACUAAUAUCAAUGCCACUACUGCAAACAACAACACCCCUGUCAGUGUCAAUACCACCAUUGCCUCUGCUAGUGUCAGUACAUCCAUUGUCACUACCACAAAUGGUAAUAUCAACAACACCAGUGUCAGUGCCACUUCGGGAAGUCAGAACACCACUGUCAGUCCUACUGUCAGUCGAAACCCCACCACCAGCAUUGCUAGUAUCAUCACUGCCCCUAGAAACAUCACAACUGGCAAUAUCGGCAGCACCAUAAUCAGUGCAACUACUGCUAGGAUCAAUAUGAAUGACACCUUCACUACCAAUUUAAACACCCCCACCACCAUGGCUAGAGUCAGCACAGCCACUUUUGAAAACACAACUGGCAAUGUCAACACCACUAAUAUUGGUGCCACUACUACAGGGCAGAACACCACUGUUAGUCCCAAUGCCAGUGUAAACACCACCAUCACCAUUGCAAGUGUCAGCACAGCCAAUUUAAACAACACAACUGGCAAUGUGGACAACACCAAUACAAGUGCAACUACUGCAAACCUCAGGAGCAGUGUCACUCCCACUACCAAAUCCAACACCACUCUCACCUUUGCUAGUGGCAGCACUGCAACUGUGUCCAGCCUAAACACCGCCAUCAACAUUGCUAGUAUCAGCACUGCCCCUAUAAACAUCACAACUGGCAAUGUCAACAACCCCACAAUCAGGGAUACUACUGCUAGGAUCAACACGAAUGAUACUUUCACUACCAGUCUAAUGACCUUCACAACCAUGGCUAGUGUCAGCACAGCCACUUUUGAAAACACACCUGGCAAUGUCAACACCACCAAAACCAAUGCCGCUACUGCAAGCCAGUUCACCACUGUUAGUCCCAUUGCCAGUGUAAACACCACCAUCACCAUUGCUAGUGUCAGCACAGCCAAUUUUAACAACACAACUGGCAAUGUGGACAAUACCAAUAUCAGUUCCACCACUGCAAGUCUCAGCAACAUUGUCACUCCCACUGCCAAUAUCAACACCAGUGUCACCUUUGCUAGUGGCAGCACUGAUGCUCGUAACACCCCAAUUGGCAAUGUUAACAAUACAAAUAUCAAUGCCACUACUGCAACCAACAACACCCCUGUCACUCCCACUGCAAGUGUCAACACCACCAUUGCCUCUGCUAGUGUCAGUACAUCCAUUGUCACUAGCACAAAUGGUAAUGUGAAAAACACCAGUGUCAGUGCCACUUCGGGAAGCCAGAACACCACAUUCAGUCCUACUGUCAGCCUAAACCCCACCACCAAAAUUACUAUUAUCAGCACUGCCCCUACAAACAUCACAACUGGCAAUGUCAGUGCUACUUCUGCUAGGAUCAAUACGAAUGACACUUUCACUUCCAGUUUAAACACCCCAACUUCCAUGGCUAGUGUCAGCACAGCCACUUUUGACAAUACAUCUGGGAAUGUUAACACCACUAACGUCAGUGCAACUAUUUCAAGCCAGUACACCACUGUUAGUCCCACUGCCAGUGUUCACACCACCACCAAUAUUGCUAGUGUUAGCACAGCCAUUUUUUACAACACAACUGGCAAUAACGACAACACCAAUAUCAGUGCCAUUACUGCAAGCCUCAGCAACAGUGUCACACCCACUGCCAAAUUCAACACCACUGUCACCUUUGCUAGUGGCAGCAGUGCCACUGUUAAUGCCACAACUGGCAAUGUCAAUAACACCACCAUCAAUGCCACCACUGCAAGCAACAACACCUCAGUCAAUGCCAGUUUCAACACCACCAUUGCCAUUGUGAGUGUCAGCACUGCCACUCGAAACACCACAGCAGGCAAUGUUGAUAACACCACUAUCAGUCCCACCAUGGCAAGCAUCAAUACCAGUGUCACUCCCUCUGCCAUUUUCAACACCACCAUUGCUAGUGUCAGCACAGUCACAGUCAGCAAUGUCAACACCACUAACAUUGGUGCCACUACUACAGGGCAGAACACCACUGUUAGUCCCAAUGCCAGUGUAAACACCACCAUCACCAUUGCAAGUGUCAGCACAGCCAAGUUUAACAACACAACUGGCAAUGUGGACAACACCAAUACAAGUGCAACUACUGCAAACCUCAGCAGCAGUGUCACUCCCACUACCAAAUCCAACACCACUGUCACCUUUGCUAGUGGCAGCACUGCAACUGUUGCCAGCCUAAACACCACCAUCAACAUUGCUAGUAUCAGCACUGCCCCUAUAAACAUCACAACUGGCAAUGUCAACAACCCCACAAUGAGGGAUACUACUGCUAGGAUCAACACGAAUGAUACUUUCACUACCAGUCUAAUGACCUUCACAACCAUGGCUAGUGUCAGCACAGCCACUUUUGAAAACACAACUGGCAAUGUCAACACCACCAAAACCAAUGCCGCUACUGCAAGCCAGUUCACCACUGUUAGUCCCAUUGCCAGUGUAAACACCACCAUCACCAUUGCUAGUGUCAGCACAGCCAAUUUUAACAACAAAACUGGCAAUGUCGACAAUACCAAUAUCAGUUCCACCACUGCAAGCCUCAGCAACAUUGUCACUCCCACUGCCAAUAUCAACACCAGUGUGACCUUUGCUAGUGGCAGCACUGCCACUCGUAACACCACAGCAGGCAAUUUUAACAAUACUAAUAUCAAUGCCACUACUGCAACCAACAACACCCCUGUCACUCCCACUGCCAGUGUCAACACGACCAUUGCCUCCGCUAGUGUCAGUACAACCAUUGUCAUUAGCACAAAUGGUAAUGUGAACAAGACCAGUUUUAGUGCCACUUCGGGAAGCCAGAACACCACUGUCAGUCCUAAUGUCAGUCUAAAUACCACAACCAACAUUGCUAUUAUCAGCACUGCCCCUACAAACAUCACAAAUGGCAAUGUCAGUGCUACUUCUGCUAGGACCAAUACGAAUGACACUUUCACAUCCAGUUUAAACACCCCAACUACCAUGGCUAGUGUCAGCACAGCCACUUUUGACAAUACAUUUGGGAAUGUUAACACCACUAACGUCAGUGCCACUACUUCAAGCCAGUACACCACUGUUAGUCCCACUGCCAGUGUUGACCCCAACACCAAUAUUGCUAGUGUUAGCACAGCCAUUUUUAACAACACAACUGGCAAUAAUGACAACACCAAUGUCAGUGCCACCACUGCAAGCCUCAGCAACAGUGUCACACCCACUGCCAAGUUUAACACCACUGUCACCUUUGCUAGUGGCAGCACUUCCACUGUUAAUGCCACAACUGGCAAUGUCAACAAAACCACCAUCAAUGCCACCACUGCAAGCAACAACACCUCAGUCGCACCCACUGCCAGUUUCAACACAACCAUUACCAUUGUGAGUGUCAGCACUGCUACUCGAAACACCACAACUGGCAAUGUGGAUAACACCACUAUAAGUCCUACCACUGUAAGCAUUAAUACCAGUGUCACUCCCUCUGCCAGGGUCAACACCACCAUUUCCUCUGCUAAUGUCAGUACAUCCAUUGUCAGUACCACAAAUGUUAAUGUGAACAACACCAGUGUCAGUGCCACUUCGGGAAGCCAGAACACCACUGUCAGUCCUACUGUCAGUCUAAACCCCACCACCAGCAUUGCUAGUAUCAUCACUGCCCCUAGAAACAUCACAACUGGCAAUAUCGGCAGCACCAUAAUCAGUGCAACUACUGCUAGGAUCAAUAUGAAUGACACCUUCACUACCAGUUUAAACACCCCCACCACCAUGGCUAGUGUCAGCACAGCCACUUUUGAAAACACAACUGGCAAUGUCAACACCACUAACAUUGGUGCCACUACUACAGGGCAGAACACCACUGUUGGUCCCAAUGCCAGUGUAAACACCACCAUCACCAUUGCAAGUGUCAGCACAGCCAAUUUAAACAACACAACUGGCAAUGUGGACAACACCAAUACAAGUGCAACUACUGCAAACCUCAGCAGCAGUGUCACUCCCACUACCAAAUCCAACACCACUCUCACCUUUGCUAGUGGCAGCACUGCAACUGUGUCCAGCCUAAACACCACCAUCAACAUUGCUAGUAUCAGCACUGCCCCUAUAAACAUCACAACUGGCAAUGUCAACAACCCCACAAUCAGGGAUACUACUGCUAGGAUCAACACGAAUGAUACUUUCACUACCAGUCUAAUGACCUUCACAACCAUGGCUAGUGUCAGCACAGCCACUUUUGAAAACACAACUGGCAAUGUCAACACCACCAAAACCAAUGCCGCUACUGCAAGCCAGUUCACCACUGUUAGUCCCACUGCCAGUGUAAACACCAACAUCACCAUUGCUAGUGUCAGCACAGCCAAUUUUAACAACACAACUGGCAAUGUGGACAAUACCAAUAUCAGUUCCACCACUGCAAGUCUCAGCAACAUUGUCACUCCCACUGCCAAUAUCAACACGAGUGUCACCUUUGCUAGUGGCAGCACUGAAGCUCGUAACACCACAGCAGGCAAUGUUAAUAAUACUAAUAUCAAUGCCACUACUGCAACCAACAACACCCCUGUCACUCCCACUGCCAGUGUCAACACCACCAUUGCCUCUGCUAGUGUCAGUACAUCCAUUGUCACUAGCACAAAUGGUAAUGUGAAAAACACCAGUGUCAGUGCCACUUCGGGAAGCCAGAACACCACAUUCAGUCCUACUGUCAGCCUAAACCCCACCACCAAAAUUACUAUUAUCAGCACUGCCCCUACAAACAUCACAACUGGCAAUGUCAGUGCUACUUCUGCUAGGAUCAAUACGAAUGACACUUUCACUUCCAGUUUAAACACCCCAACUUCCAUGGCUAGUGUCAGCACAGCCACUUUUGACAAUACAUCUGGGAAUGUUAACACCACUAAUGUCAGUGCAACUAUUUCAAGCCAGUACACCACUGUUAGUCCCACUGCCAGUGUUCACACCACCACCAAUAUUGCUAGUGUUAGCACAGCCAUUUUUUACAACACAACUGGCAAUAACGACAACACCAAUAUCAGUGCCAUUACUGCAAGCCUCAGCAACAGUGUCACACCCACUGCCAAAUUCAACACCACUGUCACCUUUGCUAGUGGCAGCAGUGCCACUGUUAAUGCCACAACUGGCAAUGUCAAUAACACCACCAUCAAUGCCACCACUGCAAGCAACAACACCUCAGUCAAUGCCAGUUUCAACACCACCAUUGCCAUUGUGAGUGUCAGCACUGCCACUCGAAACACCACAGCAGGCAAUGUUGAUAACACCACUAUCAGUCCCACCAUGGCAAGCAUCAAUACCAGUGUCACUCCCUCUGCCAUUUUCAACACCACCAUUGCUAGUGUCAGCACAGUCACAGUCAGCAAUGUCAACACCACUAACAUUGGUGCCACUACUACAGGGCAGAACACCACUUUUAGUCCCAAUGCCAGUGUAAACACCAACAUCACCAUUGCAAGUGUCAGCACAGCCAAUCUUAAUAACACAACUGGCAAUGUGGACAACACCAAUACAAGUGCAACUACUGCAAACCUCAGCGGCAUUGUCACUCCCACUACAAAGUCCAACACCACUGUCACUCCCUCUGCCAUUGUCAACACCACCAUUGCCUCUGCUAGUGUCAGUACAUCCAUUGUCACUAGCACAAAUGGUAAUGUGAACAACACCAGUGUCAGUGCCACUUCGGGAAGCCAGAACACCACUGUCAGUCCUACUGUCAGUCGAAACCCCACCACCAAAAUUGCUAGUAUCAGCACUGCCUCUAUGAACAUCACAACUGGCAAUAUCAACAGCACCAUAAUCACGAAUACUACUGCUAGGAUCAAUACGAAUGAUACCUUCACUACCAGUUUGAACACCCCCACCACCAUUGCUAGUGUCAGCACAGUCACAGUCAGCAAUGUCAACACCACUAACAUUGGUGCCACUAUUACAGGGCAGAACACCACUGUUAGUCCCAAUGCCAGUGUAAACACCAACAUCACCAUUGCUAGUCUCAGCACAGCCAAUCUUAAUAACACAACUGGCAAUGUGGACAACACCAAUACAAGUGCAACUACUGCAAACCUCAGCGGCAUUGUCACUCCCACUACAAAGUCCAACACCUCUGUCACCUUUGGUCAUGGCAGCAGUGCCACUGUUAACACUACAGCUGGCAAUGUCAACAACACCACCAUCAAUGCCACCACUGCAACCAACAACACCCCUAUCACUCCCACUGCCGGUGUCAACACCACCAUUCUCUCUGCUAGUGUUAGUACAUCCAUUGUCAGUACCACAAAAAGUAAUGUGAACAACACCAGUGUCAGUGCCACUUCGGGAAGCCAGAACACCACUGUCAGUCCUACUGCCAAUGUCAACACCCCCACCAACAUUGCGAGUAUCAGCACUGCCCCUAUAAACAUCACAAAUGGCAAUGUCUACAACACCAUGAUCAGUGCUACUACUGCUAGAACUAAUACGAAUAACACCUUCACCACAAGUCUAAACACCCCCACCACCAUGGCUAAUGUCAGCACAGCCACUUCUGACAACACAACUGGCAAUGUCAAAACCACUACAAUCAGUGCCACUACUACAAGGCAGAAUAACACUGUUGGUCCCAAUGCCAGUGUAAACACCACCAUCACCAUUGCUAGUGUCAGCACAGCCAAUUUUAACAACACAACUGGCAAUGUUGACAACAGCAAUAUCAGUGCCACCACUGCAAGCGUCAGCACCAGUGUCCCUCCCACUGCCAAGUUCAACACCACUUUCACCUUUGCUAGUUUCAGCACUACCCCUCUAAACACUACAACUGGCAUUGUCAACAACACCACCAUUACUGCCACCACUGCAAGCCUCAAAACCAAUGUCACUCCCACUAGUGUCAGUUCUGCAAUUGUCAAUAUCACAACUAGUAAUAUCAACAACACCAGUGUCAGUGCCACUUUUGCAGGCCAGAAUACCCCUGUCAGUCCCACUACCGUAACCAUUGCUAGUGUUAUCAUUGCCACUUUCAAUACCACAACUCGAAAUGUCAACAGUACCAGUGUCAGUGCCACCACUGCAAGUUACACCAAUGUAACUCCCACUGCCAGUGUAAAUACCCCCAUCGCCAUUGCUAGUGUUAACACUGCCACAACUCGCAAUGUCAACAGUACCAGUGUCACUGCCACCACUGCAAGCUACAACGCUACUGUACGUCCUACUGCCAGUUCCAGCAGUACCAUCACCAUUGCCAGUGGAAGCACUAAAUACACUCUUGGUGUCACUGACAGUUAUAGUGCUACAACAGAGACUGCUGCCAACACCAUUAACACUACCAACACUAGUGACAACACCAGUCACAGCAUCACCAAUAGGAGUCUCACCACUACCCUUCCUAGCAAAAAUACCCCUGUUCCCACUGAUGCACCUGCCAGUGCCAUUACCACAACUGGAAUUACUGUUAGGGCUAACAGUGCUACAGCAGCUACCACUGUCACUACCAGCACUAGUUUCAGCACUGGCACAAAUACCAUCAUCACCACUGCUGGAAUCACCUCCUCUGCCACCAUCACCAGUUCUCCUAAGGUUGCUGCUCUGUCCUCUGAUGAUCUCGUCGCACUACUGACAUGCAAACUGCCAAGCAACGUGGUCUACUCCAAAGAAAUUUGGAUGCUUUUCCUCCAAAUGUUUUCAUCACCUCUCCAGGCAGCUCUGGAUAAGUACUCCAGCUUGACACCCAACAUCACUCUGAUUGACCCAUCUUUCCUUAAUGCCAUCGGGGAUGUGAUAGUCAACAACUUCAGUGCUGCACAGCUUAGGGAUGCUGUUUUCAUCACCCAGUGGUUCCAGAUUAGACUCAGACCAUUUUUAUCAUCAGUGUCUGCAGACUUUCUCUCCAUUCUCAGUUCUAAGGACUUCAGCUGUGAGACCUACCAAGUUGUGUAA